GUAUACAAUUUGUUUCUUUUUUCUCUAGGUUUGGAGAGCCGUACCCCGAUUCAACAUGUUGCCAGCGAUAUUCCUAUCAUUUGCCAUACUGUACACGACACACGCCAAUUCUUUGGAUGAGCUCUGCACAACUAACAAGUUCACUAAAGAAGCUGGACAUUACAAGCACCCAACAGACUGUGACAAAUUUGUCCAGUGCCACUGGGAAUUAAACAGACUGGUUGCAGACGUUCGUCCAUGUUCUUUCCCAACGUUGUGGAACACAGACCUUUUAACUUGCGGAUCUGUCGACGUUACAACAUGUAACAAUGACAGAUGCAAAAGUUUACCUGAUGGUAUCUUCUUUGGAGGGCAUAACAAUUGCAGGGGGUUUUGGGAAUGUGAAGGAGGCAAAUCACAGCCAAAAUGUUGUCCACUGGGGCAAAGAUUUGACAAAACCGACGGGUGUAUAGACACAAUCAAUGAAGAUGAUGAAUGUAAAGACAGUUGUAUGGGAAUUGUUUACGAAUCGAAGAAUGAUACAACAAAUAACACUAAAGUCUGCGAAAAAGAAGCUAUUCCUAAACAGCCAGGGUUUUACAGAUUUUUUCAAUUAGGAUGGGGAUUCCGGGAUCUGCCCUGUCCCCCUGGUACAAACUUUGACCAAGACGCUUGUGACUGUAUUACUGCCACUGAACCUGCGAAAAAGGCCGAAUGCAAACCUGAAAUCCAUCUCACUUUUACAGACAACCAAACAACAAGUAAUGGUCAUUUUCUAGAUGCAGAAAAUGUAAUGAUAAAGGAAGGCGUUGCUGAAUUUAAUGGCAUUGAUAGUCGACUCAGUAUUCCAAGAUUCAACAACAUUGAACACAGUAAAUCGCUCGUCAUUCGGAUGACAUACAAUUCUACCCAAGAAGUAUCUCAAUACCCACAGGUCAUUCUUUCAAACAGUGGCUGUGGAAUUCUCCCAUCUGUUCGGAUAUCAGAAAACGCUGACAACGUUAUGUUUGAAGUCGGAACCACAAGACAUUUUAUGGUAUCGACAUCAGUAAAGCAACCAUCUAAUGUAGAGAAAACAGUGGAACUGAAGUUUGCUAAUGGUGUUUUAAUGGGAUCAGUAAACAGCGAGACCUCGGCAAUUGCUGCUGACGGCUUUCUGAGAAAUGUUCAUUGUACACUAAAUAUUGGCUACGACCAGAAGUUAACACCAUUUAAAGGCGUUAUCAAUGAGCUUUCUGUUUACUUAUGUGAUCCUGAGCAGCACUAAACAAUUU